AAAAGAGGGCGAGGAAGGCGGUUCCCGGUGGAGGUCCCUAAACUCAUGACAACCGGAGCAGUGGACCAGGUGCAGCCGAUCUGCGAUAUCGACGGAAGAAAGAGAAAGAAGCUGAUAGAAGUACGCGCAUUCUAUAAUGAAACGUAGCAAGGGCAACAAGCAGGACAAUGAAAGCGAGGACGAGAUCUUGGACGAUGACGACGAUGGCAGUCGACCGCCGCCCAUAAAGGUCAAGAACAUCCGAGUAGGUGUGGAUAUCCCGAGAAGGAAAGUGGUAGAGACACCACCAAAGCUGGCAUCGGUGCAAGUCCGGACGCCCAACGUCGAAAUCCUAGUCCAGAAGCCGCCUUCUAUAUGGUCAAGAUUGCGGGAUAUUUACUCGGCAGCGGAGCCUGCCGAUGUCAAGGCGCGCGACGAAACCCCGGUAGACCCGAAGGUCCCUCUUGCGGAAGUGGGGCAAGAGUCACCGCUGCUAAGAGCCGGGGCCACUAACGAUGCCCGCCCUGCUGCAGAGCAACAAAGGCCGCAGGCUCUUGCGAGCCGUGCCGAUAGUGAAGUCGAAACGAGCAGCUCUGAAUCGGGCACAGAAGAGCUUUCCGACGAAAGGCACACGGUUUCCGCAACAGAAGAUUCGUUGAAUGGCUACCAACCAGCAUCUUCAGCCAGCAGAUCCCCGAAAAUAAGCAUGCACGCCGUCGAGUCCGGGAGACAUCGCCGUGAAGCCACGAUUAGAGCGCAAACAGAUGCAGACAGCACAGCCGCUGUGCGCAUUGUUGUCAAUUCCGACAAGCACCUGAACUGCCGCUCUUAUGGUACGUGCAGGAGACUCAAGGAUGAGAGCAAUUAUCUCGGCCUGAGCAUCUUCAACGCUCUGCCAGAAGACCAAAAUGUGUGUCUCUCCAUUUACGGAAUCUCAUUCCUCGUUUCUCUCAUCGAUCUUCAUGCUAUCGACUCAAAAGCCAGUUUCAGGGAAACGUUGAAGUUCGGUGCUCUAGUGCCCAAGGAAGGCGGCCGUUUGGCUUGCUCUUGCAAGGAGGUGGUAACGACACUGAGACGAAGGGCUGCAGCAGACACAGGUGAAGUAACUGUGAACACCGAAACGUACUUCCGCCCAUUCGCCACGAUUAACCAGCAGGAUAGAGGGAAACCUUCAACAGAGAACGCCAUAAGCCACAUCAUGACUGCGGAAAUCUUUAGCACCUUCACCGAAGAUCCGGCCUGCACAGUCUGCAAUGACGUGCUCUUUAACACAGCCUGCUUUGAAAACUUGUGGAAAUGCCCCUUCAGCAAGAAAUCCACAUACACAGGCAGCUUCUUCAAUAAAUGGACGGACAAGGUCACAGUGCAAAUGAUGCGCAGGACUUGCGUACUGCCCUACUCUUCCUACCCUGACCUCGAAGCGCACGUCGUAUGCCUGCCAUACGCUGACGGUGCGCUCUCCAUGGUGCUAAUCGUGCAGCGGUCGUCAUCUUCUGGCACCGUGAGGCUCACUCCAGACGCAGUGAGAGGCUUCGUUCACGGCACCGUAAGAACACUGGUCACGCUCCACAUGCCCAAGUUCCACUUGUCCACUUCAAUAGACAUGGCCGAAAUCACGAAUGAGCUGGCGAGUGCCAACCACGAGAGUGAGCAGCUUCUGUUUCGUCAGCUGCGGCAGGACGCGCACAUCUCCGUGGACGAGGGACACUGGCCUGUCGUGAACGUCGAACGCACUUCGUUCGCGGGAGACCACGUGACCAUCGUCGUUAACAAGCCUUUCCACUUCGUCAUCACCGACGGAACGUCUGACUUGAUCCUGUACGCGGGCAGGGUAAUGUCGCUGUAAAUGUGCGCCUAUCAUCAUCUUACGUACAUAUAGCAGCUGAUACAGCUAUUAUAUAUAGCGCUUGAGACUGGCACCGUUACCCUCUGGCAAGGCAUCGACUGGACAGACAGCGAUGCUGCGCCCGUCCCAGUGAAGCAUAUACCGUAUACUUCCGGUAUUUCUAGUACUGGCGAUCAGAGAACCAAUCGCUGCUGUUCCAAGAUAAAAAAUUUUAGAAAUUAAAUACGAUCUCGUCCCGCCGU